AAAUAAGGAGCAACCGUCGCCUGGUUCAGACGAAAGUCCAAUUUGCUAGUAGCUUUCCUUCACUUGUAGUUUAUGAUCUAUUCUGCAAUGAAAAUGAUAUAAAUUUAUUCGUGCGACUAUGCUACACUUUAUCUCAUUCAAAAUUGGAUAGGCUUAAGAGGAAGGACAACUCCUUCUCACUUCCAGCUGAUACGAUAUGGAAUACUACUUCCAGAUUUGCAGAAUUAUCGCCCCAAAAUAUCUUUUAAUAAGCAGAUUGCUGGAUUGUAAUUUGCUUCAUUUUACUGAUGUUAUCAUAAAAUUCAAAAUUCGUAUAUUUCCAAAGCUUAUAAAUACUGAAUUCUUUCGCAAAAUUUUUAUUUUAUCCAUUAGAAUAAGCUUGGAACUGAUUUGUGACAUAUUGGCAACAUGUCCACAAGUAUAGUAUAAUCCAAAUAAACAAAAGAUAUAUUAUAAUUUUUUUUUUUUUAAUAAAUCUCUAAAAUAUAAAAUGGGUGAGAAUUACACCAAAAAAUUCCAAGCUUUGUUGGCCCAAAUUAUCAUCAUUCUAAAGUGGGAUUGAGUGCAAGUGUUUUCGUAGAAUAAAAACUUUACUUAAUAAUAACUAUUUGGCUGAAAACAGUGGAUCAUUAGAUUAUUACUCCAUUCCAUAUACUUGUAUGUAUGUAUGUACAAUACAUCAUGCGUGCUUUUAUUAUAUGUACAUAUACAUAUAUAAUGGCGCAUGUGUAACAGUCAAACACAAAAUAAUAAAAAUAGUAAUUAAUAUAAAAUUAAGUAAAUAGCUCGGAUCGUUUGAUCGUUUAAUCUCGUGUCGAAUCACAAAUCUGCUCGUACAAAUAUAUAUGUAUUGUUGACUGUAUCUAACAUAGGUAUCUUCGAACGCUUAAUGAUUUGUUUAUAUAAAUUUCUAUAAUUCGUACCAACAUACUGGUUCAUACAUAUGUACAUACCGACAUAUGUUUGUUUUCGUGUGUUACCGCUUAGUUUCGUAUUUACGUAAAUGUUUUUUUUUUUAACUAUGCGACUCAACUAGCGACUUCACAUGCGGCGAUUUUUUCGUGAUAACUGCAACAAUGAAGUUAGUUUCAAAUUAAUUCCGACUUGGAGCGGAUGCGUGCGCGCGGCACUCAAGUAAUGCCAGUGAUGAUCAAUAUAUUCGCACCAACAAGGCGGCGGUGAUAGUGAGAUUUACAAACAGGUGGAAAGAAUGUCAACAAAUAGCUCGCAGAACUAGCGAAGCGUUAACGGAAAAGGCGGCGCGAUUUGCUACUAUUAACGUUAUUACAUAUAUACAUGGUUGUGCGUAUAUAUGCUGCUGUUGCAAUUGGCUUACUGUGACACUUCAUCUCGGUUUGAUCACGUUUUAUAGUUAAAAACGAUAAAAAAAAGUAAAUGAUUUCUCGCAUCGCUCGGGAUAUUGAAGAUUUUUCUUUUAUUUUUAUAUAAAUAUGUGUUUGUGUAAAUUAGAGUUUUCAAUUAAAUUCUAAAUUUAUUCAUAACAUUUGUAGUGUUUGCGAAGUUAUUAACACAUUGGACAAUAACUGGCUGCCGGUAGAGUAGUGUUCGAAUCGUUCAGUAUUAGAUGUGCCGUCACACGAAACAGUUCCGCUUGCGGUAAUUCAACAGUUUUACCGUAAAAUGUUUAAGCGUGUGAAUAUAGCAACAGAAUACAAAAAAAUUAAUAAAUUUUAAUUAAACAGUGACCAAGUUUUUAACAAUUUAAAUAUAUAAAAAUAAUAAUUUGUAUAUUAAACGAUAAACUAAUUUCAAACAAAAAAAAAAAAAUGGUUGAAAAAGUGGCCACCACAAUGUUAGCGCGCGUGAAGCAGUUGCAAUGGCGCAAAGUAUUCCACAUGUACUACAUAGAACCAAUCGUUUUAGUGCUGGUGUUUGCGCAUAGUCUAUCCGGCACCAUACUACGAAAUCAAAUCAUAUAUCAGGCCUGUACAACAGUAUUCAAUUACAAUGAAAGCAUUUGCGAAGAAUUGGGCACAAAAAACGCUAGCGAACAAGCAACGAAAAUUGAAACCGAAGUGCAGCCGUACGUGGCAAAUCUGUUUAUGAUUCGCACACUAUUGGAGAGCAUUGUGCCGGCGUUGUGUGGCGUUUUCAUUGGCUCAUGGUCGGAUCACUAUGGCCGCAAGCCACUCUUGGUCAUCUCAAUGAUAGGCUUCUCCUUCACCUACAUCAUCGCGGCGGUGAUUUGUCAAAUAGCCGUUUAUCAACCAGUGAACCCUUGGUACUACGUGCUGGCUGUGGUGCCACACUCCGUUUUAGGCGGAAAUUGUGUGUUUUCUGUGGCAGCUUUCUGCUUUAUAUCCGAUGUUACCGACACGAAGACGAGACCCUAUAGAAUGAUUUUCAUGGAAGCAUUCUUUUUCAUCGGCUUAAUGGGCGGCUCUUUGCUCUCAAGUUUCGUCUAUGCUGCCACUGGACCCACCACCACAUUCAUCAUAUCCGGUUUACUCAUGUGCGGCGCAACUGUGUACAUCGUCGUCAGCGUGCCAGAAAGUCUACAUUAUUGUUCCAAACAAGAAACUAGCGAAACAAACAAAUGUACAACAACUACUUUGAAUGGUUGUUGUGACAAAGUGCUUACACAAAAAAAUAUUAAAGAAAAACAAAUAGAAAACACAAAUAUCGAUAGUCUGGAAAUCUCAAAGCACAUGCAAGCAAAGCAUAUAAGUGAGCUCACUAUAAAUGCUGAAGGCAAAGUUGUUGAGGUCACAGCCGAUGAGGCCAUCGGAAAGGAAACCAAAAAGGAUCUGAGCGCAUGCGAAGAGGCAUAUAAGAACACAAAUAUGAAGAAUUUCGCAAUGAAAGAUCCAAGUAAUGAAGAAAAAUCCGCUGAGGAGAAGUCUAAAAAGGCGGGGCUUUUCAGCUACGUGCAUAUUAAGGAUAUGUUGGUGACUUGUUUCAAGACGCGGCCAUACUACGAUCGUAGCAUUAUUUGGCUUGUAACUGGCACUAUGUUUCUUUCGAUAUUCGUAAUCGAUGGUGCCAUGACGGUCUUCUACUUGUUUGUGCGUGAGAAAUUUCAUUGGACCGUGCGUGAUUUUACAUUCUAUGAGACGGUUAGUCAUAUGGUGCCCAUGUUUGGCGCCCUGGUUGGUUUCUUGAUAUUACGUAAGGUCUUCAGCAUGUCCGUGGUCACUUUGGCACUGCUUGCAUUCUUCAGCGAUAUUGCCAGCAGCAUUGUAAGAGGUGUGGCUUCGGAGCCUUGGCAUUUGUAUUUGGCUGUUGCCUUGAGCGCGUUCAGAUCGGUUGGUGGUCCAAUGUGUCGUACCAUUGUAUCGAAUAUAGUGCCCCCAACUGAUUUGGGCAAAAUAUUUUCCAUAAAAAAUGUUUUGCAAUCCAUUGCGCCCUUUUUGGCAGCACCGCUCUACACAGUUAUCUAUAAAGAGUCUUUAAAAAUGUUCCCGGGUCUAUUUAACAUAGUCAGCGCUGCUUUAUACACAAUCGCCUUCAUAUUUCUGAUCAUUGUUUUGCGAUUCAAGUAUUCCCACAAAGAGCAUUACGCGUUGAUAUUGAAAUGAUAUAACCACCGAAUGUUAUAUAGCUCUAUCAAUUGUUAUUUAUGCAAACUUAUGUGAUAUUAUUAAUAUAAUAUAUUAAGUAAAUUGAAUUGCUCGAAUAUAAAUAAAUAUUUUUUAAUUAUUAUCGAAA